AGAACCUUCCGUGUGAACUUCAGAGGAACUUCCAGCUGAUGCGGGAGCUGGACCAGAGGACGGAAGAUAAGAAAGCUGAGAUCGACAUCCUGGCUGCAGAGUACAUCUCCAGGGUGAAGACUCUCUCUUCGGACCAGCGGGUGGAGCACCUGCAGAAGAUCCAGAGCGCCUACAGCAAGUGCAAGGAGUACAGCGACGACAAGGUGCAGCUGGCCAUGCAGACCUACGAGAUGGUGGACAAGCACAUCCGCAGGCUAGACGCGGACCUGGCGCGCUUUGAGGCGGACCUGAAGGACAAGAUGGAGGGCAGCGACUUCGAGAGCUCCGGGGGGCGAGGGCUGAAAAAAGGUCGGGGUCAGAAAGAAAAAAGAGGGUCCCGCGGCCGAGGCAGGAGGACGUCGGAGGAGGACACUCCAAAGAAAAAGAAGCACAAAGCAGGGUCGGAGUUCACCGAAACCAUCCUGUCUGUGCACCCCUCCGACGUGCUGGACAUGCCUGUGGAUCCGAACGAGCCCACGUACUGCCUGUGCCACCAGGUCUCCUACGGGGAGAUGAUCGGCUGCGACAACCCAGACUGUCCGAUCGAGUGGUUUCACUUUGCCUGUGUGGACCUCACCACGAAGCCCAAAGGGAAAUGGUUCUGCCCGCGGUGUGUCCAGGAGAAGAGGAAGAAGAAGUAAGAAGCCCUGCGCCCGGGUCAGAAGAGCACGUCGCUGUGUUCCCUCAUUCACGUUGCAAUAUUUCCUCCAUUUUAAAGCUACCUUGUACGAUGGGUAUUUAAGAACUCAACGGCCAGUUGUAACUGAUGUUUCCUAGGACAAGAAACCACCAAGCCCUGUUUGCACAGAGCAGUGAUCUUACAGGGACUUGGUGCAGUGACUUCAUUCCUGUGACGUUUUAUACAGACCCCCCCCCAGCGCCGAGCGCGCAGGCGCUGAGCGAGCCCGAGGGGACUCGGUGCCAGGCGCAGCCUCGGCGGGGCGGAGCCUUUUUAACCUGGUACACUGCCACCACUUUGCGGCUUGAGCCGUCAGCCUCGGGUAGUCUGUGAGUCGUUUCCCGGGACUGUUCUGUGCAGCACGGGGCUCCGCGCACCCUGACGCUGCUGUGAGCACACCCGUCGCGCGCGUGCGUGGGGCCGGUGCCUCCAUUGCUGGGCGGCCCCUGCACGCUCAGCUCCGAUGCUGAUUCCGGCGACCGGGGACCGUGGCGAGGACGCCCCUGACGUGCCCGGGAAGGACUCCUCUCGGGAGCAGGCGGCCUCAGCCUCGCCGCGCACUGCCUUUCCUGUUCGGACUCCGGUCCUCCCGCGGGGCUUCGCCUUCCAGAGGAAACGGCUCUUUGUCAGCAAAUGGCUGUCCAUGACCACUACCAGCACGAGUAAGAGACAGUGUGACAGCCGGGCUGACGCUGCGUUUCUCUGGGAAUUCCUGGCGUUUUUACUGUGAAGAUGAGGUUAUUGUGAUCGCAUGAAGAUUGUGGGUCUGUGUGUCUGUGACGUGAGUCCCGUCUGGUGGGAGCUGGCCACACGCUGGGGCGCGUUGCCCGUCAGCAGUGUGUCCAGAACUGCCACGCGUGACACGAUUUGUGAAUUUGUGGUGCCGCAGUAGUGCUUCCGCAGUGAAGUUAGGAAACUAGAGUGUACUUUUUGUUUAAUCAGCAUUCACCAAACGAUUUCGAAUCAUCUUUUUGGUAACAGGUGGGGAAAACGCACACAUUGGUCUGAGAUACGUUUGUGUGGGCGCGUCCUUAGACUCAGAAACCGUCUGGCGUGCGUGUGGAGGAGGUAGAGGGUCCCUCAGGAACAAAGGGAAGCCUGUUCUGUCCUCACACCAGAAGAAGAACCCGUGAGAACUGAGGCGUGAAACUCCCAGUUUAGGAAAAGGCUCGUCUUCACGAGGUGGGCCUUCUGGCGUGGGGGGCUGGUUCCUUCUGACGGCCACACACGCCUUCCCUCCUGCUCCCUAGCGCGUCACCGGGACAGGGAAUGGCGCGCAGAGGAACUUGUGAAGCGCGGGGGUCUGGGGCCACGCCCCGCAAAGCUCUGCUCGGUGAGUGAGAACAAGCACGUCAGAGCACAGGCUUGGCCGGGCCGGCCCGGACCCAUCCUCGGCAGGGCGCAGGCCACACAGGCCACCUGCCCUGCCCCGGCGCGAGUGAGGGCGUGGGCUUGCUCUCGGGCCUGGGUGGGUCCGUGGGCAGGUGCUGCAGCUCGUCCCUGUCGGGCCCCAGGCCUGACGGAGCUUCCCGGAGCCGGUGCCUUCCCGCCGCUCAGGAGGAGGAGGGAGGCCGGCCCCAGAGCACCGGCCACACCGCAUCACACCUCAGUCUCAGCCACGGCCGUGGAACUAGCGACGUGGCUUCUUUCUUUUUUAAUAGCAGCUUUUUAUUAACAUGGGUGUUUGAAUACUGUGGAGAGUAAAUUGUGGAAACAUUUUUUUCUCCACUCUUUUAUCAUUUUUUUGUGGAGAGCGAUGGGUAAGUAUGGAGAACUUGUAACGAGACGGUGCCUGAAGAUUCUGUAGCAGCUAAUUUAACAUUCGCCUUCGGACAGUUCACACGUGUGGCGGUCACUGGGGAGAGGUGUGUCUGUCAGUGUGGCUCCUGGCGCCGAGUAGGCCCUUGCGCGGGGCUCGUUCGACCUGCUCGUCAGCGUGCGGCACUCCUGUUGCUUCUGGCCUCGUUUUAAAGUUUCUGUGCUUACGUGUUUUUAGUGUUUACUUUUGCCAUUUAGGAUAAUAUCACCAAAAUAAUGUGCAUAUUGCUUUGGAAUAAACACGGAAACAUGAGCAGAAUAGGAGAGUUCCUCGGAAUGUCGUUUGGAUGCUGACUGACUGAAUGCCUUUCUCGAUUGUUGGUCUGCGAGUGGGAGGACACUCAGGAACGGCCCUUUGGGUGGAGAAGAAGGUCCUGCCGCCUGGCCCGCUCCGCCCCGCGCAGGGACGGCAGGAGGGGUGCUGCUUGCUCCGUCCCCCGCGUCGCCUCGUGAUUCGGGGGUUUAGUCUUGGACCAGAGCCCCCUCCACACCUGCCUGGCUCCAGACUUGGCCUUGGAGGUGGCCGUGCAGCCAGCCCCGUCCGUCUCCUGGGCCGAGGGGUCUGGGCUGGACCCAGCGGGUCGCUCUGGCAGCUUUAUCUGAGCCGAGGACGUGGCUCCUCCGGGCCAUGGGUUUACCUGUAGGGGAAGGAGCGCUUUGCGCAGGGGAAGCAGAGUCCCUUUCCUUGUGCUCAGUGCUGGCGGCAGUAGCGAGCCGAGGAAGUCCCCUGGUUUCCCUCUAGGACAAGGCAUGCUGCAUUUUAAAAAAGGUUUGUUAGACUGAGUCCCUCAGAUCUGUGGACCUGCCGAUGCUGCUGCCAGGGACGGACGCUGAGCUGAGGUCCGCGUGACCCUGAGCAGCAGCUGGCCGCCUGCCGCUGCGGUCGGGCCCCUUGGGCAGGCAGACCCGGGACCAGUGUAGCCAGGGCCGGGGGGCCGGGAGUCUUCUAGCAGGCCUGGGCAGCCAGAAGCAGCUGUGGGGGCAGUGGUGGUGGGAGGGCUUGUUGGGACGGAGGGACAGCGGCCAGCUCUGUCCCACUCCCGUCCCAGCAGCCGUGCUGCACUUGGCCUCCUGACCUGUCCGGGAGAGGCCGCGGCAGGGGCUGCUCCGAGCAGUAACUGUCCCAGAGCAUCUUCCCCACAGCCACAGAGGCAGGAGGCUGCCUGUCGUGGGACGGGGAGGUCAGGUCUCCACGGGUUAGAGUGACACCAUGAGGGACAUUUAUUACGGGCAUGAAAGAUGUAAGGUUUUCCUGAAUUUUUAGUGGACAGUGACUGGUC